AUUAAAUUUAGAAACCAUUCUCAGACGAAAGAAACCCAAUUCCAAACGCCGGAAAAUUCGAGGCCGAGUCGGAAGAAUGAUAUCUGCAACUGCUACGGCAAUUGCGCGACCUGCUUCUAGAGUACUGCUUACAACAGCGCAAAGAACUCGCCGGAUUUUGAUCCCUUCAGCUUCAUUCUCUUCAUCUUCUGCUGCUCCAUCUCGGAAACUGAUUCUGUAUUCGAAGCCCGGAUGCUGUUUAUGCGAUGGCCUCAAAGAAAAGCUACAGGCUGCAUUUCUGCUCGCCGGCCCCGAUUCUCUCCACGACGUCGAUUUACAGGUGAGGGAUAUUACUAGUAAUCCAGAAUGGGAAAGAGCUUACCAGUAUGAGAUACCCGUGCUGGCGAAAGUACUCGCUGAUGGCUCCGAGGAAGCUCUUCCUCGGCUAUCUCCUCGUCUCGGAGUGGAGUUAAUUCAGAAGAAACUGGCAGCUGUCUUACAUGACAGGUCAUUCAUUUAUGCUCCAGAAAGGGUUUGCAAAAAAGGGGAGAAGGAGGGAAGGGGAAAAGUGCACAAAAGUAUAAAAUUUGACCUGGUCAAAAGUUGCAAACACGAGCAAACACAGUAUCUCAUUUGAAACUUUGUAGGUUUCUUAUCCCCACGGUAGAACUCUCACUUGAAAUGAUUUCCAGAGUUCCAAACUUGUAAGUUUACUCAAUCUCUUCUGGGUUCACUGCAAAAACCUCUCUUUGUGUGAGAAUUGCUCUCUUCUUAUGUUGUGACAGUUCAAAAAAGAAAAGGCUGCAGCCAUGAAAUAUGACCUUCUAAGUUCUUUCAUCUCUUUAAAAGAAAAAUAAAAAGUAACCAAUAGUUCUUUUCAUGAAGGACAGCGCUUUGCCCGCGCCGACCAUGUGAUCUAUUUUGCUAGUCCUUGAAAUUUACUGUUAGAUUUGUUUUGUUUGUUC